AUGUAUAUCAAUCUAACUAUAGCAGACAGGUUUACUGGUAGUUUCUGGCAAAAAUAUUGUUCAAAAUCUGGAAAACUGGAAAACAGUGAAGAUGUUGAAAUGAAUUCUGAGCUUAGAAACCUAAAUGAUACAAAUGACAUUUUGGAUAUACGGACAAGAAACCAACCUUUCUCUGAAACGGAUUGUGUGUUUGGCCCUGAAGAUAAUGUCCAGUAUACAAGUGACACUUACGAAGAAGAAGAAGAAUAUGAAGAUGAAUCCGAUGUUGAGAUGGACAAUGAUGAAGAUUCUUCAUUGGAAUCAAUCUCGGAAUUGAAUUUGAUUCACCAAUUCAUUGUUGUUUCGGUUGCUCUUUUUGUCUCACUAUACGUUGUGGAUGAAGGAGCUGUAAUCCUGAUUGACAUAAUCAACAAGAUCCUGCAGUUUUUGUUUGACCUAUUCCGCCUUCCCAUGAGUGUUGCUGACCUCAAACGUUUGGCCGGAUUUGAAGCGUUGACAAGUGGUGUCAAGAAGUAUGUUGCAUGUAGCGAAUGUCAUGCCAUAUAUGAUAAUGAAGCCUCCCCUUUGUGUUGUACAUCACCCAAUUUUGGCACUGCCAAAAGAAUGCUGGAGAGAUGCAUUGUGGAUGGAUUAAUCGACGAUAAAAAACUCGUUGCCAUGCAAAAGGCUGUUGAGAAGGUAGUGUUGCCGCCCAAUUACACGUCACUUGGGACAAAGAUUGUCAAGGAAUUUCCCUAUAUGAAGGCUGAUGAGUGGAAGUCUUGGUGCCUUGUGUACUCUCCUGUGAUUCUAAGGGAUGUGUUGCCGUUGCCAGAGUUCAAGAACUCGAUAGAGUUUGUUAACGCAUGCAGAUACUUCACCAAGCCUAAUGUUUCUGAAGAAGACAUUGAGAAAGGACACAAAUGCUUAGAAGAAUUCUGUAAAGGGUGUGAGACAUUGUACGACCUGGACCUUCUCUCUCCCAAUAUGCACCUGCAUCUGCACUUAUGCCAAACAAUGAUUGACUUUGGGCCCGUCUAUGGCUAUUGGCUUUUCAGCUUUGAAAGGUACAAUAGUGUCCUGAAAAAUAUCAAAACCAAUCGAAGAAACGGGUUCGAAUCAACAUUUAUGAGACAGUUCAUUGAAGAGUUGUGGAAGGGAGAUUUUGUUCGUCGACUUCUGAAACCUAUGCAUGCACUUGCAUGUUUUGAAAUUUUUGAUAAGUUCACCACCAACAACAACAACACCAACAUCAACACCAACACCAACCUCUCUCACUCUUUCUCAAUUUCCAAAUAUCUAGAAGCUUCACAGAAUCUUUCAAUGACAAUUCGUGGAAACAAGCCCCUACCACCAUCCGCCUUGCCAUUGAAAACAAGACCAUUAUCAUUUAUGCCAAAACAUGAAUAUGAUUGUCUUGUAGGAUACUAUCAAGCUGCAUACAAGAAUCCACAGAUCUCAGGUUGCAAAGAUGUAAUUGAUGACUCACCUUUUGUCAAUGACUGUAUCAAAAUGGUGAAGUCCGUUGAUCUUCUUGGGCAAAGCUACAAAGGGUGCAUUGGCAUGAAUGGCUGCGGAUCAUACAUAUAA